AUGCAGACCGGUGCCGUUGUCGUGAUAACUCUGGCGGCUCUUUUCUUGGCAUAUAUGUUUUCCGUCGGGUCCUUCUCCAAUAGCAUCGCUCCCACCGCUGACUUGCAAACCUCGUCCCAGAGUCGCAAGGUGGGUGCAUUUGGCUCUGAAUCUACAGAGGAAACGGAAUCUACGGUUGACGACGAGCCGGUGCUGCCGCGGUUGACGCCGGCACGCGUGUCAUCUCGUAGCCACACCGAGGAUCACUCCUCAGAUUCCGACGCGGAGGAAAAUUCUUCGCUAGAGAAACAGAGCAAAGCAUCCGCGGUUGAGAAGGAAACGCUGGAUUUGGAGCUAACCGUCGAGCGCGAUGCGACGACGGACGUCGUGACGCAAGAGCAGGAGAGUAAGCAGGAGAAGCAGAUGGAGGAGGAGGCGAGUGAGGCAGCCGAGGAGUCCAAUUCCGCUGAGAAGGAGAGUGAAGAGGAAUCCAGCGCCGAAAGCGACUCGGAUUCCACAGAGGGCACUGAAGAUGGCGGCAAGGAUGAAACCAGCAGCCCUCCGAGAGAGGAUGAAGCUGAGCAGACUAACAGCGAGACUAAGGACGAGGAGAGCGAGCCGCAAGAGGAGAAAGUUGAUGAGAUUGAGGAGGAGAAGACGAGCAAGAAAUCGAAGUCAAAGAAGGCAAAAAAGGAAAAGAAGACCAAGAAGGUCAAGAAGUCUAAGAAACAUUCCAGCGAUGACGAGUCCACGGACGAUCAGCAGAUCGACGCGUUUCCGGUGUGCGACCCGGAGCUGUCGGAGGUGAUUCCGUGCCUGGACCACAACAUCCACAAGAAGAUGAAGCUGCACCUCAGUACAAGCCUCAUGGAGCACUACGAGCGCCACUGCCCGCCCUCCAACCUCCGCGUGCGCUGCCUCGUGCCGCCGCCCUCCGAUUACAAGACGCCUAUCCGGUGGCCCGAGAGCCGCGAUGUGGUGUGGAGGUCAAACGUGCCGCACCCGUUCCUCGCUACCGAGAAGUCGGAUCAGCACUGGAUGGUCGUGGACGGUGACAAGAUCCGCUUCCCGGGCGGCGGCACGCACUUCCACGACGGUGCCGACAAGUACAUCCAGUCCGUCGGCAGGAUGCUCAAGAACGAGGACGGCGAUCUGUCGCUGGGCGGCAAGAUCCGUACAGUUCUGGAUAUCGGGUGCGGGGUGGCGUCGUUUGGCGCGUUCCUGCUGGACCAAGGCAUGAUCGCCAUGUCGGUGGCGCCCAACGACCGACAUGAGAAUCAGAUCCAGUUUGCGCUCGAGCGCGGCGUGCCCGCUUGGCUCGGCGUGCUCGGGACCAAGCGGUUGCCGUUCCCGUCGCGCGGGUUCGAUCUCGCGCACUGCUCGCGCUGCCGCAUCGACUGGGGCCAGAGAGACGGCGUGCUGCUGCUGGAGCUGGAUCGUCUGCUGAGGCCCGGCGGGUACUGGGUGUGGUCCGCGCCCCCCGCGUACCGCGACGACGAGGAGAGCCGCACACUGUGGAAGCAAGUGACGGACGUGACCACCAAGCUGUGCUGGACCCUGGAGGUGCGCGAGGCGCAGACGGCGAUCUUCCGCAAGCCCAAGAGCGGCACCUGCUACGCGGACCGCCCCGAGGGCACGGUCCCCGCGCUGUGCGACGAGCGCGGGCGCGACGAGGCGAGCAGCACGUACAACGUCUCGCUCUCCACCUGCAUCGCCGCUCCUGCCACAGACGAUGCAGUGAGCGUGGCGCCGUGGCCGCGGCGGCUCAAGGCGCCGCCUCCUAGAGUGGCACUCACUGACGUGGGCACCAACGCGUACAAGAAGAUGAACAAGGUGUGGGCAGAGCGGGUGGACGCAUACUGGGCGUUGCUAGCGGACCGAGUCCAGCCAGACUCCAUCCGCAACGUGCUCGACAUGAAUGCAGGGCUGGGUGCCUUCGCAGCCGCACUCACCGCCUCCAAGCCGGUCUGGGUAAUGACAGCCGUGCCGCCCACAGACCAGCACGCACUCGAGGUGAUUUACGACCGGGGGCUUCUCGGCGUGUAUCACGACUGGUGUGAGGAGUUUUCCACUUAUCCCCGCACGUAUGACCUGCUGCACGCGCACAAGGUGCUGUCGCUGGUCACUGCGCGCCGCUGCUCCACGGACGAUCUGCUCCUGGAGAUGGAUCGAAUCAUGCGCCCGGGAGGGUUCCUGCUGCUGCGUGACGCCCCUGCGCUGCUUGCUCGUGUGACUGACCGUGCCUCGGCGCUCAGAUGGACGGUCCUGGAGGGCCCGCUGUCGCCUGCUGCUGAUGGCUUGCCCGGGGACGUGGAGGGCGAGGGGGAGGAGGAGGUGAUGGUGGUGCAGAAGGAUAUGGUUAGCAGUGCGAGGUGA